AAAUGAAGCCGUCCGCAAAGAUUGAUUUGAACUUUCGGCGCCGGUGUCUGAUGUGGAGUGCAUGUUAAACAUGUAAAGAGUGCCACGUAAAGUGCAUCGCCAACAGGUUGCGUGCGCGUAGCUGAGCCAGUGAUAAAGUGCGGCCCGUUGCCGGAGAGAAGAAGAGUUGCGGGGACGCGUCGCUCUAUGCGUAGCGAAGCGAAGAAGGACCAGAAACUAUGAUCAAACUCAAAUCAUUGUUCCGCAGAGGCCAAGGACCGUCGGGCCCAAAACACUCCCAGACACAACAACAGUCCGUCGCUGCGGCUGGCAGCAACGGCGGAGGGGCCGGGCCGCCACCGAUCGCGACUGCUGGCGGUCAUGUAGUAGGUGGCAGCACCGGAGGCGGUGGUGGUCUAUCCGCAAACGGCGGUGGCGGCGGCGGUCUGCUCAAGAGUGCCGCAUCGGUCUCGAGCCUGGAGUAUACGGUCGUCUCGAAACCGUCGCAGCCGCAGUCCCGCGGGCACCAGCAUCAGAGGAUCAACGGUUCGAAGGAAAGGUUGGACAACGCCACCCACCAUCAUCAUCAUCAUCACGUUCACCCGCUGCAGCAGCAUCAGCACAGCCGAUCGACAUCGGCACACAUGGCGCAAAUGGCGCAGCAGCAGCAUCAUCACCCAUCGGCGACGACCGCCGGGGCAUCGUCGAUGAACCAUCUGAACCAAUUUGCCGCGGCCGGCGAUGGGCCGAACGAGCGGGCCGUCGAAGCCGGAAGUAGUCUGAGCUCGAGCAUGGAGCAGCUGACCACCAUCAGCUUCAUGGGACCGGAGCGGGCGGCCCAGAAGGCGGCACUGCACCAGCACCACCGCAAGCAACCGUCGCCUAAUCGGUUGGCUGAGCUGCAAGUGCAUCUGGAGAAGCUGCAAACCGAAAACCGCCAGCUGGAGGAGCAGGUUCACGCGAUGGCCGGCGGCCAGGAGGAGCUGAUGAUGUUGCGCGACGAAAUCACCCGGCUGAAGACGUCACACGAGCAGAGCAAUGGCGAGCUGCACCGUUUGCUGAACGAGAACGAAUCGCUCCGGGACCGGCUGAAAACGGUGGUGCAGUCACCGUUGUCCGACUCGGAAAAGCAGCAGCUCAUCCGCAACACGCAGCGGUUGCACAGUUCCGCGCCGGCCUCGAUCGCACUGCCGAACAACAUGGAACCGGAAGGAGGGACUCCGUGCGUUACGCCCGAUUGGGACAAGCAGUCGUCGAGCAGUGAAGUAGCCGUGGCGUGUUUGCAGGAUAAAAUCAUUCAGCAUCAUUCUCCAUCCCCGUCGUGCGGCCCGGCAGUCUAG